GCGGGCGGAACGGAUGUCGUCGUCGCGGUCGCUCAAGAGGAAAAAUGUCGGGAAGCGUCGGGGAUCGGGAUUAUUCCGAGAUAUCUCACGCUCACGAUUCGCAACAUAGUAUUCGCCUUCAGACGGCACGCAAUUGGACGAAGUGCAGAGCGGAGGAAUUCGCACGAGAAUUACCAAGCUGAUUGGCCGUCGUUUGGACAGACGUAGAUGUGAAUCAACGGACGACGAGAGACUUCCUUCUUUUCCACCCUGUCUAGUUUGUGACUUAACACGUGACGAGGCUCCCGUCAAAACUCGCACUGCUCCGAUUGCUCCGCAGCUUCGUCAUCCGAUGAUUUGACUGCAACUCGGUUGCAGUUAGUUCUAUUAAAAAAAAAUUUAAAAAAAUCAAAAAUUAUGAAGUAGUUUCCUGAUGAACGAGAAUCCUGAAGCCAGAAAAUUUCUGACUGUGCCAGACGCGUUAAAAUGAGGUCUCGAAUAAUGUUGACAGUUAUCAGAUGACCCAGGGAUGGAUCGACUCUUGUAGCAUCCUUGUUCUUAAUUAGGUUGGUAACUUAAUUAUUCCAACGAAUGUCCAGUGAAAUGGCGAAGUCAGGUGACAGAAUCGUCGUCUUGAUCGACAUGGACUGCUUCUUCUGUCAGGUCGAGGUCAAACUGCAACCGCAGUACGCGGGAAAACCGCUUGCAGUUGUCCAGUAUAAUCAAUGGGAGAUGGGAGGAAUAAUAGCUGUCAAUUACGAAGCACGAAGUUUUGGAGUAACCAGACAUAUGAGAGGCAAAGAAGCGAAAGAAAAAUGCCCAGAUAUUAUUUUAGCCAGUGUCCCGUGCCUCCGUGGAAAAGCAGAUACAUCCAGAUAUAGAAAAGCUGGUCGUAAGGUCAUUGAAGUUAUAAAAAAACAUUGCAAUGUAAUAGAACGUGCUAGUGUUGAUGAGGCAUAUCUCGAUAUUACAGAUAUUGUAGAUAAAAGAUUAGCCACAUCUGAAAUUUCUUCAAAAGAAUUAAUAGCCUCUCUGAAAAAUACAUAUAUUGUGGGAUAUUCCGAAGUUGGUAAAAAUGAUGAAGAGGAGAGACGUCAAGGACUACAGACUUGGAUAUCAGAUUCUUUUCAAGAAUUGCAAGAGGUUCAAGCUCAAAAGCUUGCCAUAGCUGGUGUGAUAGUUGAAGAAAUAAGAGACAGUAUAUAUGUGGAAACUGGAUUCAGAUGUUCCGCCGGAAUUUCACAGAAUAAAAUAUUAGCAAAAUUAGCAUGUGGAUUACACAAACCAAAUUGCCAAACGAUUUUACCUGAGACAGCCGUUUUAAGUCUUUAUUCAACACUCCCAGUAAAAAAAGUCCGAAAUCUUGGUGGUAAGUUUGGUGAUGUAGUAGUUGAGUCUCUCGGUUGUAAAGUUAUGGGAGAUCUAUUGCAAUAUUCUAUGGAACAAUUACAGAAACACUUUGAUGAAAAAACAGGAUUUUGGUUAUACAAUAUUGCUCGAGGAAUAGACGAUGAGCCUGUCACUAAUAGAUUAUUACCGAAAUCCAUCAGCGCAUGUAAAAAGUUUCCUGGGAAACAAGCCAUUACUUCAUUGGAAGUGUUAAAGCAUUGGGCUGGAGAUCUGGCAGCAGAAGUUUGUGAACGGCUUGAAGAGGAUUUCAUAGAAAAUCAGCGGCGUGCAACGUUACUCAUUAUCUCUUACCAUUAUUAUCAGAAUAGAAAUGUUAUAUCCCAAACGCGUUCGCUUGCUUUGAACUCAUAUAAAUUAGAAAAAAUGGCGAAUCAAUGUGUGGAGGUUAUCACCAAGUCUACACAAUGUCCAGUAGUAUAUAUGGGCAUUUCCGCCACUAAAUUCGUAGAAUCAAAAGAAAGUGAUAGCUUUCUGAAAUUUUUUAAAAAUGCAAAACUGAAAGAUAAGGAAGUCUUAAAUUCGCCUGGAAUUACAAUAAAUUCUAUAUCUAGUUCAAAAGUAAAUGGAGAGAAAGCUCAAAAAACUAAAGGAUCUUCUAUAAUUACUGAAUUAGAUGCAAAGAAAAGUGAAGGAAAUAAAAAAAUUGUCAAUAAUUUGUUAAAUAUGAGUACGGAAGAUUCGCCUACUUCACAAAGAGUUUCUAAACUGAUUCAAGUUUGCAACGAACGCGAUAAAAUGAAGUCAAAGAACAAACGUUUAUCGAAUGUAGUAAUAAAUAAUAAUGAUUUCCAAGAUUCGUUCUUUAUGAAUAUAUAUAAGACAGAAGAGAAAAAAUGCUGUGAUACUUCUGACAAAAAUAUUAUGGAAGAAUCAAAAUGCAGAAAACAAUUGAUUUCUGCAAAUGAGAAAGACGCAAAUGAUGAAAAUAUUGAUGAUUACAAUACAGAUUUAUGUGUGCAAGAGAAUAUUCAUGAAACACCUUCUACAAGCUAUAUGAAUAUGAAUAUAAAUAGUAAUAAUAGAAAAUCUGCAACAGAGAGUAAUGAAAAAACUUCUGUAAAAGAGCCUUCAGUGCAAUUACAAGAAAUAUUCCCAGAUCUGAACAAUAUAGAUCCUGACAUCUUGUCCUUAUUGCCGGCUGAUCUGCAGGAAGAGGCAAGACUGUACAUGAAAUCGCGAAAUAAGAAACAGGAAAACGUUAAGGUCGCUCGAGAAUUACCAAAGGUAGGAAGGGGAAAACCUAGCAAAUCCAAAGUGGCCGGCAAGAACGACAAAAAAUGCAAUCCUUUAUAUAAUUUUCUGAUCAAGACUGACUCAUGCGAGCACGAUGCGCCUUUAGAACGAUGCGCCGAGUGCAAUCAAAUGAUACCUAUAACAAAGUUUGACGAACAUAUGGAUUUCCAUGUCGCACAGAAUUUAUGUCAGGAGAUUAAUAAACCCACAUCAGGUGAGAAUGGAAAUAUGAAGAGAAAAAUUGAAGAUGCCGAAGUAAUUAUUUCUUCCGUAAAACGACAAACGUCAAACGCUUGCAAACCCGAAAGGGAUUCCCAAUCCAUACCUACAUUUUUCUCGUGAUGAUGUCUAAUAUUUAAUCACGACAAUUCAUCCUUUUUUAUAGUCGCAUGUGAUUAUAAAUAAAAUGAUUAUAUGAUGUGAUUAUAGAAAAAAUUGUAAAAUAAAUAUUUUG